AUGAACCUCACAAUGGAUCUGUUUGCUCGAGCCAAUGAUGCUCUCAAGAUCAACCCUGUGACAGGGGUUGACGAAAGUCUUGCUGUGCAUGGAUCGGACUGGCUUUGGGCUGUCACGGCUACUUACGCUACGGCUCUGAAGCCGAGCGGGUAUUCCAUUACCUCUUCACCUUCAUUCUUCUCGUCGGUGCCAUCACCUAUUUCGCCCAAGCAGCAGACCUUGGCUGGAGUGCAGUUGUACAGACUAACAAUCUCGGCAACGGAGGUCGUUCGCCAGAUGUUCUGGGUCAAAUAUGUCAACUGGGUCGUCGCUUGGCCCUCGCUUGCUUUGUGCCUCGGACUGAUCUCCGGUGUAUCGUGGACAACCAUGCUCUGCAACAUCGCCAUUGCAUUGCAGUGGCCUGUCUGCUACCUUGUCGGCGCCUUUGUGACCACGAGCUACAAGUGGGGAUUCUUCGCCUUCGGUACCUUUGGCUGGCUUAUACUUGCCAUGAGUACCAUUAAUGAGAGUCGCGAGGCUGCGCAGCUGCUCGGUGUUGACAAGGACUACAUCAUUCUCUCUGUUUGGCUCAAUCUUCUGUGGUUACUGUACCCUAUCGGCUGGAGUCUGUCCGAUGGAGGAAACAAGAUCGGGGUUACUGGUACUUCCGUCUUCUUCGGUGUUCUCGACGUCCUGAUGGUCCCCGGUCUGACCUUCCUUGUCCUGUUCCUUUUCCCGCAGGUGGGAUUACCGCAAUCUGAGCAUUGCCUUCAGUGA